AAAAGCUCUUUCUUUAUUCUGUCUACCAAUAAUUGCCGUUGAAGAGGAAGAACCCAAAGGAACACCAGCACCACCGCUGCGCCUACGUCACAAGGUGGUCUGGUGCUUUGGGUGCUUCCUUCUCCGAGAUAAAGAGACCCUUUUGCCCUUCUACCCGAUUGCGAUUUCUCCAUAUCUCUCACAGAAGGGGCUCAUCUGGGCGUUUCUUUCCCGGAAUCGGCUUUUUCCUACCGAUUGGAUGAUUUGAUUUGUCCUCGAAAAAUCUCGUCUUUAGAUCUGCCAUAGCUUGUUGUUUGGGUCUUCCUUAUAUUUUGCUCAGGCAUGGGUGGUUGUCUAGCAUGCCAUACUAAGCCUAAACAUAUAACAGUGGAUGAGCCGCCACCACCACCACCACCACUACCACCGAAAAGAGUCGCAAAUCAAGGACGGGCAGUGAGGAAACCUAGCAUUUCAGAGGACUUUUGGACUAGUAGCACCUUUGAUAUGGACAACAGUGCUGUUCAGUCUCAGGGAAGCAUCUCAUCAAUCAGCACAAUUAAUCAGACCCUUGAUCCCAAUAGUGGUGCUUGUGCUACUAACUCUUCUGAAUUUGUAAAUCAUGGUCUUCUUCUGUGGAACCAAACUAGGCAGCGUUGGUUAGGGAAUAAAAGGUCUGAGAACCGGUCCCAACAGAUUCGUGAACCCAAAUUAAGCACUCAUUCUCUCUGCAUGGUUAAAUCAUUCUGGCUUUGCAGUUGGAACGCGACAUACGAGAGUUUGCUCGGGAGCAACAAGCCAUUCCCUCAGCCUAUUCCUCUUGCUGAAAUGGUCGAUUUUCUUGUGGACAUCUGGGAACAGGAGGGGAUGUAUGACUGAGCCGAGCAUAGUUGGUGGUGCCUGGUUAGCUCUCUGAUAACUCAUCUAAGCUUUGGUGUACCAUUUUUCCUUGCCUGUGCCUCCAUAGCAAAUAGGUGAAGAAGCAAAAAAGCGCGGUUUUUAUAUCCACCAUGAUCAAUGUUUAUCAAAAUGCUCGUAUUGGAUGUCAACUUCUUGAGGUCUUUUCGAUGUGCCCUUUGUAUUGAAUUUGAAAGUAAUUUAUUGGGUUGUGGAUUUCUCCACCGUCCAUUGUGAUAGAUUUUGCAAGAGUUCAUAGGUCUUGUUAUUGGCUCCUUCUCUAUUUGUCAAUGGGUCCUCAAAAAAUGGAAGACUUUGGAACAAUUUUCUAUAAUGGCGAUCUAGUGUUUCUUUUUCAA